ACCUACAGUCAAAGUUAAGCUAUAUUCGCGGACAGGUAGUGAGGUUCAUGUGAAAGCUCUCUUAGAUUGUUGUUCACAAGGUUCUUUGGUGACCACUAAAUUAAUAAAGAUUUUAGGAUUGACCCCAAGCAAGGAAAACACCAAUAUAAUUGGUGUCAAAGAGUUGACUACUGACACACAGUAUUCUAUACCUUUAGAUGUGUACUCAUUGACCAGACCUUACCGAGUCACAGCGAACUGUAAUGUCAUGGAUAAAAUUACAUGUAAGCUUCCACAAGACAAGCUUAAUCUAGAUGCUAUCAAUAUACCUGAUGGGAUCACUUUGUCUGAUAUUGAUUUCCAUCAGCCGUCUGAGAUCAAUUUACUAUUAGGCGGGGACAUAUUUUUCCAGGUCCUGCUUCUGGAGCCGGUCCCUGGGCAGCAGCAGGAGUCAGAUGAAGACCCAGCGAGUCCUCAUCCUACAAUUGUAAAUACUAAGCUUGGCUACAUCAUCGGUGGUGCUUUAUCACGACAGCAAACCAGUGACAAAAAAUGAAGGCUCAGUGUGCGAAACAGCUGAUGGGUUCUUUGCCACCUGAAAGGGUCACAGCCUGCCGAGCAUUCCAGAAAGUCGGCAUCGACUUUGCAGGUCCCAUAACAGUGAAGAAUUCUCGCGUAAGAAGAGCUCUACAGACAAAAGGCUACAUAUGCGUUUUUGUUUGUUUUGUGACUAAAGCCAUACAUCUGGAGCUCUCUUCGGACUUGACCACUGACGCUUUCCUUGCAUGUUUCAAGCGAUUUAUAGCUCGCAGAGGCCUGCCGACCGACGUUUUUUGCGAUAAUGGUGGAUGCUUUAAGGGGGCAAAGAACCAGUUAGUUGAGCUGUACAAUUUAAGUACUUCGCAAAAUCAUCAGACUCUGGUGCAAUCAUACGCGGCACAGCAACGUAUUAACUUUCAUUUCGUGCCAAGCUACUCACCUGUGUUUGCUGGUCUUGCGGAAGCUGCUGUGAAGAGUUCAAAGUACCAUUUAAAGCGUAUAUUGCAAUCUUAUGUACUGACGUAUGAACAGAUCAAUACAAUUUUAUGUCAGAUUGAGUCUACUCUUAAUUCUAGGCCACUUUUGCCUGUAAAUGCAACUGAUAUUAAUGAUUACAGUUAUUUGACGCCGGGCCAUUUUUUAAUUGGCACGUCUAUGACAUGUCUCCCAGAAGCAGACUUGACCGAGCUACCUAGUAAUAGAUUAAAAUUCUGGGAAAUCUGUAAUAAGGUCAAAGGUCACUUUUGGAAGAUAUGGCAUAAGUACUAUUUAAAUGCAUUACAAUGUCGUCCUAAGUGGCGUGAUAGCCAACCAAACGUCAGGGUUGGUUCCUUAGUAAUCAUGAGGGAGCCUAACGCUCCUCCCAUGACGUGGCCUAUGGCCAGAAUUGUUAAAGUUUAUCCUGGUGAUGAUGAUAAGGUGCGCGUGGUAGACCUUUUGGCACCGAAUAAAAAGGUGUACAAACGAUCAUUAAGUGGUUUCGCUGUGUUACCUAUAGAUUAAUUUUGUUGUGUGUAUUCUUAUGCAUUCCUAAUAUGCAUUAUAUUGUAAUUGUGCAGGUUAAGUUUAAACCUUGAAAAGGUUAUUAUUUAUUUCAUUACAAACCCUCGAGUUGU